AGCCGUCGCUCCUCCUCCUCCUCCCUCCCGGGUGCUGGUAGAUAGGACAAGAAUUGUGAGGGAGGAAUCGAGCAACCAUGGAAAUGGGCAGAAGCUGGCAGGAGCUCGGUGUCGUGGACACCAUCUACGAGGACGACCACGAGGAGGAAGAAGACGACGACGAGGGAGAAACCGAGGACUGCUUCAACUCGCCCACCAUCUCGUCCUCGGCGCCCACCUCGGCGUCCUGCUCGCCCUCCGCGGCGGCGGCGCACUCCGCCUCCCUUCCGCCGGUGCUCAGGACCGCGGCGCGAGAAUGGUCGCGGGCCAACGGAUCGCGCAAGCCGGACGUGAUCGUGCGUGUCCAGGAGCGCUGCUUCCCUCUGCACAGGGACCCGAUCACGUCGGAGAGCAGCUACCUGAAGCGGCAGCUCUCAGAGUCCAACGACAUCGCCCUGGACCUACCGGCGGGCCUCACGGUCGACGCAUUCGCCGACGCCGUGGCAUCCUGCUACGGCGCGGACGUCGCGCUGUCGCCCGCGAACCUCGCCGCGACCUGGGCGGCAGCAGACUGGCUGGAGCUGAGCGCGGAGGACGGGCUGGCCCGCCGCGCCGAGGACUACUUCUUCCAGGAGGUUGCCACGGACCACGGCCGCGCCGCCGCGGUGCUGCGGUCGUGCACGACGUUUCUCGUCGGCGAGGUCGCCGGGGCAGGCGCGGCGCUGAUCGUUCGAUGCCUGGAGACGCUGGCGGCGUCCGGCGGCGCCGACUGCGGGUGGCUGGAGGACGUGGCCGCGCUGCCGCUCGAGGAGUUCCAGGUGGUCGUGGAGGCCAUGCGCGCGCGCUUGACGCACGACCACGAUCUCAUGUACACCAUCGUGGAUCACUACCUCGAGAAUCACAAGGGGAAGUUGACAGAGGAGGAGAAGAGCCGGCUGUGCUACAACGUGAACUGCAGCAAGCUGUCGCACCACCUCUUCAUGCACCUGGUGCAGAACCCGCGCCUUCCACUCCGCUUCGUCGUCCAGGCCAUGCUGGUUGAGCAGCUCCACUCGCACCACUCCAUGCUCCUCACCCAACACCACCACGCCGCCGCUCCCGUCUCCGCCGCGCCGCUCCCACUGCCGCCUGCUAUGCUCAAGAGGUCCAUCUCCGGCGCGUUCAGCAGCGCCGUCGCCGCGGCCGCGGCCGCCGGGGACGUCGCCAGCAUGACGCUCGGCGACAUCCUCCAGCGCGACGCCGUGAUGCGCCAGUCCGCGCACAUCCGCGCAUCCAUGGAGGCCACGGGGCACCGCAUCGACACCCUCGAGCGCGAGCUCGCCGGCCUCCGCUGCCGCCUCCGCCGCUCCGAGGAGGCGGCCGCCGCCGCGCACACGGCCUCGGCCGCGAUCGACCGUGUCUCCGCCAAGUCAGCCAGCUUCCGGAUCCCGCGCAGCCGGCUCUGGGACGGCGAGGACUUGUCCUCCGGCACCGGCACAGCCACCACCGUCUCGAAAGACAGCCUCAGCGGUAAGGUGGGUAUCAAGUCGCGGCUGGUGCACGGUUUCAAGAACUUGUUCGUCCGGAGGCCAGGGAAUGGCGUCGCGCCACCGGCGAGCAGCGAUGGCGCCGGGACUGAUGUCCGCGUGGGCGAGAAGGGCGCGCGCGCGUCAUGCUCGACGGGGCUAGAAGGCGCCAGCCGCGACGAGGAGCUCUGCAAGGGGGAGUGGAGUACUCGGACUCACCGGAGGAACCUGUCGAUGGCGUGACAUAUGUUGAUGCACCACGAAGAAUCGAUCGGCGGCAAGGCAAUAUGGGUGCAUAGCGAAUGCAUGGUGGAGACUUUGAGAGUUCGAGUGCUUAAUUAUGAUAUGACUCUUCUCUGAUUGUUGCGGUAUAUACACGUGUGUCAGUCUCACAAUAUCUGAACUGUUGAUUUUCUCACGAUCA